AUGUUCGACUUAAUCGGGGCGGUAAUCCCGGCGCUCUCCAAGAAGAGUGCUGCAGCAUUCAAUGCGCGUCAAGACAUGAAAGUCGAAUUCACUCAACAAUGGAAUAAGGAGGCAGCAGCGAGAAGGGCCCUACGCGAGGCAGGCAUUAAUCCGGAUGACCAUCGCGAUCCUUACUGGAAUAAUAUUGCUAGAGCGCGUCGAAUCGCUCGAACCGGUGGUCGUGAUCCUGGACCCCAGGAACAGAUUGACAGGUCCCUGAGGACACCGAAGAAUGUCGCUGGAGGCUACAUGUUUGAAGUGAAUCGAUUGAUAAACAACGGCUUGCCGGUACCAAAAUCUCGAGCUCUGAACGGGGCGUCAGGAUUGCGUGACCAUCGUCAGGAAGAACCUCGUUGGAAUAGACCACCACGGGGACAGAUGGAGGAUUUUCGCGGUGGAGGUCGUGCAAGUUUGAAUAGAGGUCCUUUUCAACAAAAUUUCCCUAACAGACGAGAAAUGGAAGGUCCGCAGGAUCGGCGCAGCACCCACCCUCAAGAACAGCGUGAAGGGCCACGACAUUCAGCGAGAAAUGAGGCUACUCAAUAUACUCCGGAUGGCAGUGCAAGGCCCCGAAAUGCUUCUACUCACCCAGACCAUGCCCACCAAAAUGGUGGCGCUUCCAGACAGAGGAGCAGUCUAGGAUCUGGAAGUAAUGCUAGGAAUGGUAACAAUGCUGGACGUGGCAACAAUGCUGGACAUGAGAGCGAUCCUAGAAAUCAUGGCAACCCAGGACCGGGUAAUCAUUCCCAGCACCGUAACGACCCCACACGACAUGCCUCCGAGUCUUCGCAUCGCUCUCAGCGUUCCGCAAACCAUGGCAACGAUAACAACAACAAUGAACGAGAUGCCUCUCGAUCCUCGAACCGAUCCCGCAUCUCUGCUCAACCCGUCAACAACAACGAACGCGAUAGAUCACAGGCUGCAAACGGCUCCCGACACUCUCAACCCCGCGAUACAAGUAAGGCCAGUGGACGUUCCACUAGUGCAAGCUCGUCCGCCAGCGCCGCAGAGAUAAAUCUCAAGCGUGAGGAGAAACCCACCCAAAGGUUCAGCGGUGAUGUAGUCAGGGAACGUCCUUCCAGGCAGAGGAACGAGGCUGAUCAAUAUCAUGGAGGGGCACAGCGUCAUCCGAAGUUGGAUCCUAUUGCAGAGUGA